CUGAGCAGACGACAGAUAUAAGCAAAACGUCAAGGGUCAUUCAUAACACGACGACGACGACGACGGCGGCGGCACAAUGGCGGUGCGUCUUCCUUUGUUGACGUUGGCACUGUUUGGGAUUUUACAUCCUCUUCAGGUUGCUGGAUAUUACUGUGAUAGUGACAAGUGUGGUGAUGAUGAAUAUUGUUGUGGUUACAAUAUUUGCUGCAAAUCUUACAAAGUUUGGGAACUCUGGUACUUCUGGUUCGGUUUUGGCAUUAUCCUCAUUUUACUGUUCUUCUUUGGUUGUUUCUGGAAAUACAGACAAAACAGAAACUAUUUGAUAAUUCGCACAGAUAUUCCUUAUACAACAAUUCACUCACAUGGUGCCAUGAAUGCUACUUUACCUGAUUCCUGCAAACCUGGUUAUCCGAAAGAUGGACAAUAUUACAAUGUACAGGUGCCCCACCAAUUCUCUUCUACGAAAGCCCAACACCUACAAUACCCUAAAGCCAACGAUUAUUUCCAAAGAUGAACUGCUUCACCGUUGUCUUCAGUUAUCUCUCAGAAAGAGAGACAGACAACAACAACAACAACAAAAGACAUUAAUUGUUUCACAAGUCAAAUUGGGAUCAAAGUUUCAAAAAAACAGACUUUAAAAACA